AUGGGCCCUUUACAUAGAACCGAAAGAAGAAAGUCUAUGGCUGAAAGAAGACCUAGUGUCUCGUACACACCACCGGUUAUUCCUCAUCUAGCAGGAUUGGAGAAGCCCCAGGACCAUAGUCUAAAAUUGGACCAGUGUGAUGUAUUAAUAAUGGGAACUGGACUUUCUGAAAGUGUAUUGGCGGCGGCACUUUCGUGGCAAGGUGUCGAGACUCUUCAUAUUGACAACAAGAGCUAUUACGGAGACCUGACCUCCACCUUAACAAUAGAUCAGUUGAAGAAAUGGUGCGUCGACGUUAAUCUGGGUCAGAUCCAGCACUUCCAGGAUGCACAAAUAUACAUUCCUGGGGGAAAGGCUACGAACAGAUUUCACAGCAAAGACUAUGGCGUAGAUUUGAGUCCUAAGAUUAUGUUUGCACGGUCUGAUCUCUUAUCUCUCUUAAUAAAAUCAAGAGUCUACAAAUACUUGGAAUUUCAAAGUUUGAGCAACUUUCAUGUCUUCGAGAAUGAUAGCUUUAGUAAGAAAAUUUCCAAUACUACAAAAGAACAUAUAUUCACAGAUCAAUCUCUUUCGUUAAUAACGAAAAGAUAUUUAAUGAAGUUUCUCAAAUUUACGCUCCAAGAUAAUAAUAAUCCAGAUAAAAAGAAAAUACUUUUGGAUAAUGCUAAAACACCGAUCCGUGACUUCUUGUCUAAUCAGUUUCAUUUGAACACUCCGCAGAUCAACGAGCUUGUGUUCUCAAUAGGUUUAUGCCCUAAAGAAACUACAAGAACCCCCGAAGGUUUGGCGAGAAUAAAAAGAUUUUUGACCUCCUUCGACGUUUAUGGUAACUUCCCUGUAAUGGUCCUGAAAUAUGGUGGUGCAGGAGAGAUAUCUCAAGGCUUUUGCAGAAGUGCUGCUGUUGCUGGUACAACAUACAAAUUGAACACGUCCUUGAUUGAUUUUGAUCCUCAGCUGAAGAUUGCAAAGUUUAACGAUGGAAGUGUGGUUAAGAUCAAUGAAAAAAUCGUGUUAUCUCCUACCCAGAUUCCCAAAUUUUUACAAUCAGGGUACAACGAAUUAGUUGAAAAGUUGAAGCUUUAUUAUAUAACCAGGUUGAUUACGAUUGUAAGAAAAGAUUGUAAAGAAUGGAUCGCAGAACAUGAGUCAUCUGCUGUGGUUGUUUUCCCUCCUCAUUCACUUCCAACUGAUAAUCAGCAAGGUGUUCAAGUAAUAAUACAGAAUGGAGAAUCUGAUGUGUGCCCUAAAGGACAGUCGAUUUGGUAUUCACAUACUACGGAACAGGAUUUGGCGAAGGCGAAAAUAGAUUUGGAGAGCGCAUUCAAGAAAAUGGAGUAUUCAAUCUUGCGUGAGUCAUCCUCAGAUUUGGAUGACGUAUUAGAGGACCAAGAGUUCGCUAUUGGCGAGCAGGGAACUCCAGUUGUUACUAAUUCUUUUAAAUUGGGCCAAUCUUUACAAAAUUUUGUUCCACGGGAAACCUUGGAUAUUGUUUGCAAAUUGGGAUAUGUUCAGUCUACUUACAUUAAGCCUGAUUUAUCCAACAUUAUCUCUCCGAAGGAUUCGAGCAAUGUUUCUCUAGCAACAUUGCCAGAUGCAGAGGAUAUUAUAUUUUCAAAUAUGCCAUCAUCUGAAAUCACAUACGAUGGUAUUGUUGGAGAAGCAAAAAUACUUUUUUCAAGAAUAACAGGCUCUAACGACGAUUUCUUUGAUGUUGAUUUUGAAGAUGAUGACGACGACUAUAAUCAAGGAUCUACAGCAAAUACUUCAGGAGUGACUGGAGUAGCUCGUAAUGGAAGCGUUGCCCUGUCUGAUGAUGAAAACGCUAUCAUGGACAGCGACGAUGAUCAUAAACCUUUUGCGGCCGACGAAAUGGAAUUGUGA